AUUCUUUAUAAGAGAGUGUAACGAACGAUCAUAAAAAUUUUUGUCUUUCUUUCUAUUUUUCAGUUCUUUUUUUUUUUUGUAUUUCCUUGAAGCAACAAAAAAUUCAUUCUACUCGAUAUGUGUACAUGUAUAUUUUAAAAGGAUUGUCAUAAUGAAAAUACGUGAAUCUAAUACCAUUGGCAACCAAAGUGGAAAACAAAAGUUUACGCAUGCGUAUAAUACGAAAACCUAAUAACACUCGUUUGUUUUUUGUUUUGUCGUUUAAGAGAAGAAGAAGAAUGGCCGAUUCUUUGACAAAGUACGGCCUUUAUAUUGAUGAUCUAAGUAAGAUUUGUAUUUUAGAACCGGAAGUAGCUAAUCAGACGAAUAAAUUAAAGGAGGAAUGUCAAAAUUUCGUUACCAGAAUCGUGGAAUUUCAAAAGAAUUGUAAUAAAUUCAUCGACCUGACCGACAACUGGGCGAACGAGGUUGAGAAAGAAAAAAUGCGAACGAUCGGCGCGCGAAAUUUAUUACGUUCGGUUGAAAAGCAACGUGAUGCGCAGAAACAACAAAUGCAGGCAUUGAUCAUGGAGAAAUCAAUGGAAUUAGAACGUUUGAGGAUACAGUAUGACUCAUUAAAAAAAAUUGAAAUGGAACAAAUGGAAACGAUUGAACAUUUAACAGUAAAUUGAAGUUCAAUUAGCAACAACAACAACAACAACAACAACAGCAAUAGCAACAACAACAACAGCAACAGCAACAGCAACAACAGCAACAGCAACAACAAUACAGCAACAACAACAACAACAAGGACAACAACAAAAAUAUCCUUCACAAUUGUAUCAUGAUAUUGAGGGAAAGAGAGAGCUUAUUGAAAAAUGAAAAAAUGAAAAAAAAAAAGAAAAAAAAAUAAAAAAGAAAGAAAAAAAAUAAACAGAAAAAUUAAGCUAGAGACUAAUUGAAUUGAACAUGUAUUAUGAAUAUUACUAUAGUACAUAAGUUUCAUGAGACGAAGUUUGUAGUUUAAGAGAAUGCAUGGGGCGUGGGGGUUGGUGGUGGUAUUGGUGGUGAUGGUGAUGAAGGGGUUGGAGAUGUACGAGAGAACCCUUCUUAAUAAGAAAAAUGAUUGUUAAGAGUACGCAGUACACUUAUCAUUUAAGUUGACAAACCCCUGAAUUGAAAAGGCACAUCAGUUUUAUUUUCUGAAUCGAUACUUUAGAGAUUCGCAGACAAGUAUCGUUAUAAAAAUCUACAAACAGUCGGGUCAAUCCGAAUUGACAAUUUCAUUUGAGAAUGCUCUACGACACAAGAGAAUCAAGUUAUUAAUUUUUCAACAGCGAUUACAGUAUUAGGCACUGCAAUAGUGUUUUGUGCUUUUGUAUUUUAAAUUAGGUCUUUCGUUCCA